CGGGCCUCUUUAAUCUCUGGGUCCCCAUCGGCGCUUUGAUUGUGGGGUUCGGCCUUUACGGAACCAACGAGAUGAGCUUCAGGGCUUAUUCGGGCGAUUGAAAGCAGCCAUUGCAAUGGUUGAUGAUAUGUCAAGAACUUUUGCAGUGGACCAACUGAUGAACAACUUGAGCUAGCUAAUCGAGUUCAACCUACAAAGACUCAGACGUCAAUAUAGUCACCAACUAUGACACUCAUUGAGAAGAAACAUCAAACUUAUCAUCAUAGGCCCGAGAACGUCUGAUCUGGACUUUAGCCAGGUGAAGACAAGAAAGUAGCACAUCCGUACAAGGUGCGAAUUUUUGCAUUUCCUGCAUCUCCAUAUAAUUCUGAUGUGGACGAUUGCACUCCCGCCUUUGGCGUGGGCAACCUCAGGCCAAAUUCCAGACACUACGUUUGAUUUCCUGCUUGAAGACCUAGCAAACGAAAGAUUUGGACGCCUUCCGCCUCAGGUAAUCAAAAACCUCCAUUCUAUGGGAAAGGAUUCAUUACUCGCCUGUGACUCCUUCCAUACUUUCGUACUAAGGUUAGAUACCCUUGUAAGCAAAUUGCGGUUGUCAAUAACCGCACGCCUUUACCGCCACACAAACAGCGACAUUUGAUAAGAAUCUCCGCAUCAGCAAAUAAUUGUUCUUACAGCGUCGUUCUUUCCAUGAUAGUGUAUCACAGGACGUAGGAGACUGGAAAUU